UCCCACAAGCAGUACUCCAUAGUGUAGUGUGUGUCAACAAGGGUGCUCCUGCUCUCUACUCGCCGACGGGGCGCCGCCACCCCACCGAGCUCAGCCUCAGCCUCCGCCGCCGGCCAGCCAAACCCCAGUCUACUACACUACACUAGUAGCUUGCCUUGCUGCGUUCUGCCGGCCGCUGCAUGUCCAUCCCCUGAUUCCUCCCAAUUGAUUGGGGAUUCCCCAAGAUUUCGCCAUGGCCGCCGCUCACGCUCAUGGGGACAAGCUCAAGCUAGGGUUCAGGGACGACGACGCCCUCAGGUUUCUCUUCGGCGAGGACCUCCUCGCCAUGCACCACUCCGCCGCCGCCUCCUCCUCCUUCGACAGAUCGCGCGCCGAGCUCCAGCUCUUCAGGGAAGUCUUCUCUCCACCUCCACCUUCCCUUCCUGUGGCCGAGACAUCAUCCCUGCUCCCCGCUCCUGCUCCCCAUCACGCGCCGCCGCCGCACCCUCAACCUGUGGCUGUGGGGGACCAACCCCUCGCCGCCGGCCCCAAACACCACGGCCCGAGUGGGGGGCUCGACUUGGACGCCGCUUUGCAGGGCUUCGUAGCUUACUGGCAAGCCGGAGGCAGCUCUGUAACCGACGGUCAGCUCUUCCAUCAUGACACCCUGGAUGUGCACCAAAUGAUGCAACCAACGCCGCAGGACUCCGGACCUGGAAUGUGCGCCUUUGGUUCCAGCAGCAGCACCAGUGGGGUUGACGAUCCAUUGCCUUCCUAUAUGGAGGCACUAGCAGACUUCUCUGAUUUCCAUAAUGAUGCUCUCCUGUCCGACCCCUUUUUGAAUCAGUGGCUCCAAGAUCAGCACCAGUUCCCCAGUGAUAUGUGCUUCAAUUACGACCAAGGUCAAAUCCUUGACACUACCCAUGCUCUAUAUUCGCCUACUACACCAGAUCUAUCUGUGACAGGAGCAGGAGCAGAGCACUUCUCAUUCUAUAGCAACACGGCCUGUGAUACCGUGCUUUUGCCUCACCCAUCCUGGGACUCUACUGCUUCUGGCCAAUUUGUCCAACUUGACAGCCUCUGUCAGAAUGUUACUCCAGGCGCAAGUAUCGGUUCACUUGAUGAUGCUGAUGUCCCUGCCGACAGCAGUCAACAGUAUGGCACUACUGCUGUUGUUUCCAAGAGGAAUUUAAGCAGGGAGCUCCCAGAUCAGCUGGAGGCAUAUGCACAGCGCCUUUUCAUCGAUGCUGGCUGGACGAUCAAGCCACGGAAAAGGAAUGACAGGGCUAAGAUGGCAUCCUAUUUCACUGCACCACACAGGGAGGUUGUUCAUACCUCACUAAGUCAGGCUUGGAAGUUUUGUGGCAAGAAAUUGUAUGAAGCUACCCCAGGUUCACAACGUGGAAAGUGUCCAAAGGAGUGGUCAGAUGUCGACACAUUUUGGAAGGACCUCACAGACACAAUGGCUUGUGUCGAUAAGAUGUUUGUGAACCGCCAAGAUGCACCCACACUUCUUCAGCGGUGGGAGCUCUUGGAUCCUUUUAUAGCUGUUGUGUUCAUUGGCAGGAAAAUUACUGCUCUGCAACAGCAUAAAACUCUUAGAGCUGUUGAUAGUUCAACCUUUGUUCUUGAUGAAAGCAGGAAUAUGCCCGCAGAAAGUAAGAGCAUGAUGAAAUCUGGCGAUUUGUUGCCCACCCGCAUGAUUAAACCCACUCCAGUGAUAACAGAAUCUGAUUGUAGCACGCUAGCAACCGAGAGUGGGAAUGGAAAUCAUGCUUUACAGAGCUGCCAUGACUUGGAGGAUGGCCAAAAUGGUGAUACUAACCUGAGUUCUGUCUGCACACAGAGUCAGUGGUAUUGUGUGGCAGGUGACAGAAGUUGCAGAACAGAAAAUUACAUUUCUGAAAGUAAUGUACAGAGAGAACUUUGUUCUGGGGCAACAAUUAUUAGUAAUGCAGUUCAAAAGGCUAAGAAGAAAUCCAAAAGGAUAUCUGAUAUUGAUUCAACUGGAUUAGAUGGACUGCAUUCUGAAAGCUUUAUGCAGCCUGCUAUGGAAAUUGUGUUUAACCAAGAGAUCGAUCUAGCAAGCAUGGAAUUGUCUAUGGCAGAAAACAAAAUGCUCUCUGAAGAACAUGUCACCUGUUUAUCCGUUGGCACAUCAAAAAGUCACUUGAAAGCUGAAUCCAAAUUAGCAAAGCUAAAUACAAACAACCAAAGCAACAAGCCUGACAUGGUCUUGCCUUCAGAAAUCAUGCAGACCAGUAUGUUACAGUACGAGGAGACUGUUGAACAACCUGCAGGAUAUGAAAUACUCCCAGAAAAUGGUUCUACUCCAAGGGAAUCAGGUUCCAGCAAGUUUGUUCCCUUAAAAAAUGACGAGGAGAAGCUGUCGUCGCUGAAGGAAUCAUUUAUGGGAAUUUUCCCAAAGGAUGUACACAAUCUUCCAAUUGUCAACCCUGUUCCUGUUACCCUAUCCUACAAAUCUAAUGCUGCUGUCCUGAAAACCAAUUUAUCUCAGGAGUUACUGACCUGCAAGACAAUUGCUGCUAAAAGAAAACCUCAAGUUUGGGAGAAGUAUGCCAAGAAAAGACCCCGUGUGUUACGUAUCAAUGACGAUGAUCUUUUGAUCACAGCUAUGGUGAAAAAUAGGGAUCUUGGCUCCUGCCACAGUUUUUCUGCAGACUCGGUCUUUUUAGAUGGAAAGAAAUUUACAAAGUUUAAGAGCCCAAAGAAAUGUGGCAGGCUACUUGCUCGAACAUCUGGAAAAGGAGGAUCAAACCUACUGGGUGGGAAAAGAGUAAGUUUGGCACGAAAAACAGUUCUCUGCUGGUUGAUUGCCACUGGCUUUCUGACUGUAAAAGAUGUUAUACAGUACAGAAAUCUUAAGAGUAAUGAAGUUGUUAAGGAUGGGCAUGUUACCUGGGAAGGCAUUCUUUGCAAUUGUUGCACCAAGACCUUUUCUAUAUCAGACUUCAAAGCUCAUGGUGGUUGCAGUUUACCAAAGUCCUCAUUAGGCCUCUUUCUACAGUCUGGCAGAUCAUAUACUCUAUGCCAGGCAGAAGCUUGGUCUGCUGAAUUUAUAAGCAGGAAAAGUGAUGGAUGUGGUAGGAAAAUUGAGGCAAUGGAUGAAAAUGAUGAUACGUGUGGUUUCUGUGGAGAUGGUGGUGAAUUACUUUGCUGUGACAAUUGCCCAUCAACGUACCAUCAAGCUUGUUUGUCUGCCCAGGAACUUCCAGAAGGCAGUUGGUACUGCCACAACUGCACGUGCAGGAGUUGUGGGAAUCCAGUUAGUGAAAAGGAGGUUUCAACAUUCUCUGCUAUCUUGAAAUGUUUACAAUGCGGUGAUUCAUACCAUGACACUUGCAUUGAUCAAGAGAUGGUGCCCUGUGCGGGUAAAAAAAUUGACAUAUGGUUUUGCGGGAGAUACUGUAAAGAGAUAUUCAUAGGACUGCACAAUCAUGUUGGAGUAGAGAAUUUUCUUGGCAAUGAGCUUUCAUGGAGGAUAUUGAGGUGCAACACUGAUGGGCGGAAGCUACAUUCUGUCCAGAGGAUUGCUCAUAUGGCAGAAUGCAAUACAAAAUUAGCAGUGGCUCUUACUAUAUUGGAAGAAUGUUUUGUUCGCAUGGUGGAUCCUAGAACUGGUGUAGACAUGAUACCGCAUGUCUUGUACAAUAAGGGAUCAAACUUCGCUCGCCUAGAUUACCAGGGAUUCUACACAAUAAUACUGGAGAAAGGUGAUGAGAUUUUAUGUGUAGCAUCUAUCAGAGUACAUGGGACCAAAGCAGCCGAGCUUCCAUUUAUUGCUACUUCUGUGGAUUAUCGCCGCCAAGGAAUGUGCAGGAGACUUAUGGACACCAUUGAAAUGAUGCUGAGAUCAUUUCAUGUUGAGACAUUGGUCCUUUCUGCCAUCCCAGAGUUGGUUAAUACAUGGGUGUCGGGAUUUGGAUUCAAACCCAUUGAAGAUGAUGAGAGGAAACAACUUCGUAAUGUAAACUUGAUGUUGUUUCCUGGAACAUCCUUGUUAACUAAAAGAUUGGAUGGAACUAUGGCUUCAAAACCAGAAGAGGACAAAAAUGCAUGCAGUGUUUCUGGAUUACCUAAUGGUAAGAGUUUGCCUAACGGAGAAGUAAACGGGCAUCUUGAACUCCAUGAUCUUGACAUGUUAGAGGCGAAGUUGAAUGCUGAGGAUGCAACCAAUGUUUCUUUCAGAGCACUGAAACAUGAAUGCGGUCCUGUAACAUGGUUUAAUUCUGCCAAGCUAGCUGUUGGGGAAGUGUGAUCUUGUAAACUGAAUUUCUGGGCUGUCUCUGGCUGUUACUCUGUGUUGGGCAACUAUCUAUGCAGGUUACUCGUCCUUCCAGUGAGUUCUGCAGGAUGUAAUUUGCCAGACCACACAGCUCUUUUAUUGGGAAAGAAAAAGAAGGCACCUGUCAACUGCAGUUCAUUGUGCAAUUCCCUCUGAGCUGCAGGUUAAAUGGGUCAGAUUGAGCUGGUCGUGCAAGAUUCUAUGUUGAAUCGGAGAGAAUACAGUGAAGCUAAGAAAACCGAGAAAUCACAGCAUGGCACGGUUGGAUGGUCCUGUCUAUCCCUGAAAUAUGAAAAAUGAAGGAAUCUUCUAACUGCAGCUCAUGAUUGAAUUCCCUUUUGAUCUGCGGGUUAAUGGAUCAGAUUGAGCUGGUCAUGCAAGAAGUUUAGAUUGAAUUGAAGAGAACACGGUGAAGCUAAGAAAGCCAAGAAACCACAUGGCAUGUCGGAUGGUCUCAUCUAUCACUGCAAUAUGAAAAUUGAAGGUUUGAGAUGCAAUGCGAAGCUGCCCAGUCAUUGUUGAUAGGUUAUAACCUUCAUGGUGACCAGAAGGGUAAUUGCAGAGACGUGGUUAACAUUUAACCCUAUGAAGGACUCGUGUCGCCAUCCAUCCGGUCUUCUUAGGAAUCAACAGAUCAUCCUGCCUUAGUGGGUGCAGCUCCUGCCUACCUGACAAUUUUGUAGGAACGGCUGCUGGGGCUGGAGCGUUGGCGUUGCAAUGCAUACAUCCCAAGCCAUCCAAACUUGCAAGUGUGUAUACUGUAGACUAGACAAAUUUUUACGAACCACAAAAAUUGUCUCCACACUGGAAAGUACUCUAUUAUUUAGAUUGUUACUAUAAGAAAAAUAUUAUACUAUUUACAAUAAAUGUUCAACCGUAGAAUGCAGUGUCUAUCUUUCGCUGUCGUCGUACAAGUAAAAUCAGGAAGGGAAACAAAAUACAGAGUAACUAAUUGCUUC